GUAAUUUUGUGUCUCCGAGUGUUGUUUGCUAAACCCUCUGCUCUGCGGCUUAUUUGGUCACGAAAUAGGGUUUUGCUUGCAACUAAGAUCGAUAAGAGGACGAAGCGGGGAAAGCUACCGUUGCGUGCGGCCACAAUGGGAGGGUCGCGAGUUCAAGUCAACAAACCUCACAAGUCCCGUUUUUCAUCCAAAUCUUCUCGCAACCUUCAUAAAACCUCUGUCAAGGACAGACUCGCAAUCGCAAAAUCAGAGCGCAAUGUCGGCAAAGGAGCUCGUGCAGCUCGAAUUCAGAGAAAUAAAAUGAUACGUGAUCAGAAAAGAGCUGCUGUUUUGAAAGAAAAAAGAGAACUCAGUGGGUCGAGAAGUCCUCCCCGAGUGAUAGUUCUCUUCGCCCUCUGUGCUUCUGUGGAUUUAGAAUCACUUGCUGAUGAUCUCUUGUCGUUAUUAUCUAAAGAUACUUGUGUGGUGCUGUCAGGAACCGUUGCUUCUUCUGAAUAUAGGACAAGAAUAACGGUACUAAAAGCACCCCAUGGCGAUCUACUAUCAUGCAUGGAAAUGGCCAAGGUUGCUGAUCUAAUGGUUUUUGUGGCCUCGGCAAGGUCUUCAUGUGAAGAAACUGAUUCCUACUACAUUGACUCAUUUGGAAAUCAAUGCCUUUCUGUAUUUAGAUCUCUUGGUUUACCAAGCACUGCUGUGUUUAUUCGUGAUCUAUCUACUGAUCUUAAACAAAGAAAUGAACUAAAGAAGAUGUGCACAUCUAGUCUUGCCUCGGAAUUUCCUGAGGAUUGUAAAUUUUAUCCAGCUGAUACAAAGGAUGAGCUACACAAGUUCUUGUGGCUCUUUAAAGAGCAAAGGCUUAAAGUUCCUCAUUGGAGAACUCAACGAUCAUACCUCUUGUCUCAAAAGGUUGAUGCAGAAUAUGAUGGCAACUCUGAAAAAUGCACCCUGUUUCUCACUGGUUACCUUCGUUCUCGUAACCUCUCAGUCAAUCAACUGGUUCAUGUUUCAGGUGCAGGAGAUUUCCAAUUGUCUAAAAUUGAAGUUCUUAAAGAUCCUUGUCCUUUGAAUUCAAGGAAAAAUCAGGACCUAAUGGAUGCUGAUGAAAUGCAUGAUGCAGAGGUCAUUGGUUCUCUAGCUCCUGAUCCUCAAAACCAGGAAGCCUUAGUGGUUGAGAAUAUACCUGAUCCUCUUGCUGGAGAGCAGACAUGGCCAACAGAGGCUGAAAUUGCUAAGGCUGAUGAAGAUAAAAAGAAAAAGAAGAUAAAAAAGAGGAGUCUUCCUCAUGGCACUUCAGAAUAUCAGGCUGCUUGGAUUGUGGACGAUUCUGAUGAGGAGGAGUCGGAUUGUGACAAUGAAAACGAUGAUGGUAUGGUGUUGGAUGAAGGGGAGGAUGGAUUUCCUGGUCAAGAAAACAGGUAUUCAGACUUUGAUGGUGAUGGGGCUUCUCUUAGAUUGGGAGAUUCUGAUGAAGAAACUGACAUUGAUUCAGUGAUGAUGGAAGUAGAUAAUUUGACGAGAGAAAAGAUAGAAGAUGAACUCAAGGAACUUAAAGAAGCACAUGCUGCAGAUGAGGAGUUUCCUGAUGAAGUGGAUACACCAUUGGAUGUUCCUGCUAGGAAGCGGUUUGCAAAAUACAGGGGACUCAAGUCCUUUAGGACUUCUUCAUGGGAUCCUAAAGAAUCUCUACCCCAAGAUUAUGCCAGAAUUUUUGAAUUUGAUAAUUUUAAAAGAACACAAAAACACGUUCUUGCUAAAGCUUUAGAACUGGAUCAAGAAAACCGGGAGGACUGUAUUCCAGUUGGCUCGUAUGCUAGGUUGCAUAUCAUGGGAGUGCCCAGUGCUGUUGCUUCAAAGUUAUCUUUGCUUGCAAAGACAAUCCCGGUUACAGCAUGUGGGCUGUUGAAACAUGAGUCCAAAGUAUCUGUCCUUCAUUUCAGUGUGAAGAAGCAUGAAACAUAUGAUGCACCCAUCAAAUCCAAGGAAGAGUUAAUUUUCCAUGUUGGGUUUCGGCAAUUUGUUGGCAGGCCAAUUUUCUCUAGCGAGUUCAUAAAUACAGACAAGAACAAGAUGGAGAGGUUUCUCCAUGCUGGGCGUUUUUCAGUUGCUUCAAUCUAUGCUCCAAUUUCUUUUCCUCCUCUUCCUACGAUAAUCCUAAAAAGAGCUGGAGAGGAUGCUGCACCUGCAGUGGCUGCUGUUGGCUCACUGAAAACUGUUGAUGCAGAUAGGAUAAUCCUUAAGCGUGUUAUUUUGACAGGUUAUCCCCAGAGAGUAUCAAAACGUAAAGCUUCUGUGAGACACAUGUUUUAUAAUCCGGAGGAUGUUAAAUGGUUUAAGCCUGUCGAGCUUUAUACCAAACGUGGUCUUCGUGGUCGAAUAAAAGAACCUGUUGGUACACAUGGUACAAUGAAGUGCCUUCUUAACGGGGUUCUUGAACAGCGUGAUACUGUAUGUAUGAAUUUAUUCAAACGUGCAUACCCGAAGUGGCCAACCCAUCAUUUUCCUCUAUCUGAAUAAAGGAAUUCAGAAGUGUAUAUUGAUUGGGAAUGAAGCUCUGGUUCAGAUUGACUUCCUCGUAUGGAGGAGAUGCAGUUUUGUGACAAAUUUAUUUUCCAUUUUCUCCACCGCCAGUUACCCGCUGCCCAUGUGCACUUGUGAGAGAGAUCAGACGUUUUCUAUUUUUUUUUUUUUGCAUACAAAAUACUGAGAAUGUAAUAGUUAUUCACAUGUCGGCUAAAGGGUGCUUGCGUAAAAUUUAUUAAUCUUUUUAGUGCAGUACUGAAUUUAUCGUUUCAUGCGGGGGCCUGGUUCAUUUCUUUUGAAGUUGGGUUGUUGCUGACGCACUUACAGCUGUUACUGGGUUUGAAUCUUUUAACAAUCACCACCUCUAACCUGUUCAACAAGCUAGCGUUUGAAAGUAAA